AUGGAGAUUCAGCAGUUGAUGCCACCGUACAAAAUCACGCUCUGUCAUGCGUGCCACUUGAAGAUGUACCACGAAGGUGGUCGAGAGGUGACCGAAGACCUCGAGGCGCAGAUUGCGUUUGGCGAUGGCAGAUUUCACGUGGAGCGCUUGGACGAAGCGGGAUGCGUGGAUGGCCAACACCAAGUUUUGGUGAAGUUGCUUGGACUCGACGAUAAAGAAUCGUCCUGGGAACCUGUGGCGAAUUUGCUGGACGACAUUCCAGUCGUAUUUCGCAAGUGGUGUGUUUAA